AAAAUCGAAUAUAAUUUAAUACAACAUAAUUUUUUCGUAAUUUUGUAAAUAUCAUUUACCUAUAAUUUUUUUUAGAUAAUUAAAAUAUAAAAAUCAUUUUGUAAAAUAAUGUUAUAAUUUUAAAAAUUCGAAUUGUCGAUGAUUCCAAUAUUAUACAUUUCUAUUCUUAUAUUCCAGUGGCAAACUCUGGUCAAUUCUGCUCAAUAUAGGCCACCAUCUAAACGUACCUUUCUAAAUAAAAUUCUAGACGAUGAAGAUAUUGUUGGAUCGGGGGAAGAAGGAAGCGGACACUUGUUAUCUGAAAAUGAAUUCAUAAUAUACAGGUGCCGUAUAAAAUUGAUCGAUGUCACAUACGAUAGAAGUUAUUCGGACAGGGAGAACACGAAUUUCAAAGAACUUUCCAAAGGUUUAACCCAACAAUUCCUCAAACUGUUCCCUAGCGAUUGGCAAAAUGAGCUGAAAAUAUCAGUAGUUCAGAUAAGGCCUAGCUCUGACAUUAACGCGAUAGCAUCAUUAGACAUAUCUGCAUCUGAAUUAGUUAGCAACAAAGAAUUGACAAAUAUAAUAUGGGACGCUGUUAAAAGUAGUUACAUAGGAACUUACAGGGUAUCUCCCGAAGAGUUUAGUUUUACGGCACUAUCCGCCAUCAAAGAUGCCCACCCCGUGAUAUGCCGUGAAAGCGAAUUCAAAUGUGACAAUGGUCAAUGCAUACAUGACUCUCUUAAAUGCAACCAAGUCUAUGAUUGUUUGGAUACAUCUGAUGAAAGGGAUUGUUCUCCCAUGCCUACCACUACUACAAUAACGUCUUUGUCCUCCAUCUGGACAUCGCCUUCGACAUCUUUUUCCUUGUCAACGCGUCGAUCCUUCGCAUGCCCUCGGCUUGGGGAAGGCGGUCCUAUUUUUAAAUGCUCGUCACGGCUAAACGAGUGCAUUGAAGCACGGCGGCAAUGCGAUUCCCAUUACGAUUGCUCGGAUAGAUCUGACGAAAUCGAAUGCCCUACGCCAUCCGUGACUGCUACUCUUAUUAAAGAUUGCACCGCAAAUGAAUUUCAAUGUUCAGAUGGAAAAUGCAUUGAUAUUAGACUGAAAUGCAAUUCUAUGGUUGAUUGCACCGAUGCAUCCGAUGAAAGAGAAUGCAGCAUCUCAAGCGAGAGUCCAGUUACCACGAUUAGAGUUUCAAAGAAGGUAGACGUUUCUAACGUAUUUGAUACUUGGAGCACUAGAAGAACAGAAACGACUGAGGCCUCAAGUCCUACAAAAUACGUCACUACCCUUAACACGCUUUUAUACUCUACUAACUCUCCCACCACGUUCUCGCAGGCUACCAAUAGACGGGGCAAUAGCGAUGAAGAUCGGAAUAAAGAUUACCGGGACAGAAUGAUCAAGUACCAACAAGAAAAAAUGAUGCACGAACAGCGCAAACAGAGUUACUACAAGGACAUGUUGACAGGAUCCAGUUGGGCGGAUUUUACCACCUUAGCCCGCACCACAUUACCCGAUGUGAAAUCUUCUUUAACUACAUUGACAACGACUGCCAGAAUUUCGACUAUCGACAGUUAUGAUCUAAGCCGCCAAUUACAAAGGAAUAAAGCCAUCGAGUCUUUAGGAAGAUCCUAUCAGGCCACUGUGCAGACUAGACUAGCUCCUUCACCUAAGGUCACAUCGCCAAUCGACGUAAUUAUAAGACCAACUACAUUAAUCGUCAAUGAACAUGGUUCCUCAAUGUUUGAAGUAUAUGUGAGACGGAGGGAUCAGCAGAUAGUAGCGGAAGAAAUUGAGUGGAGUCGCACAGACGGUCGUGCCCUUCCUCCCGACCGGGUAUACGCUGUUCACGGUGGAAGGCGGCUCGUGGUAGGUCGCGUCAGGUUGGACGACGCGGGAUCUUAUCUUUGUCGUGUAUCUGCUAUUUAUGGCCGAGAUCGCAUAAGUGGAAUCACAUCCAAACCACACGUGGUUGAACAACAUGUCAUAAUACGUGUCGAGAAAAAUUUUAACUUAAUACGCUCCACUCAACCUUCUCUACCAACACCGGCUACGAGAAUGAGAGAUAUUGACCAUCCCAGGCUCUCACAAAUACAGACACCUGUUCAUAACGUAUUCUAUCGCUUGAGAGUAGAGCCAGCUCACUCAACAGCAGCAGAAGGACAAAGCGUCCGCUUCAAGUGCGUAUUGCUUGAAUCGGAAACUGGCAAGAUACCAAGCGUAACUUGGGUUAGAUUAAGCGGUGGGUCGACCCUAUCUAGUAACUCUCUAGUUCGUAACUUAGGGGGUAACGAAAACGGAGCGGAACUCAUCUUGACGUCUAUUUCGCCCUCGGAUCAAGGCCAUUAUGGGUGUGUCUUACCAGCCCCUUACGAUAAGUCCGUCAGGGCCAUCGUCACUCUACGGGUAACUUCCAGGCCUGUUUCUCGUCCGGAAUUAGGAGACCGUGUCUCUUCCCCGAUUGUUGAGCAGAGAAUAGAUAACCUUUAUCAAACAAGUGGACAACAAGCGGCCCAAAUUGAUGAAAACGAUGAGGAAUAUGUUCCAACUACCACUUUGUCUUCAAUCAUCGGUUCUUAUAGGUGUCAGACCGAUGAGGCCACAUGUCAAAAUGGUCAAUGCAUCAAGCGGGCCAAUAUCUGUGACGGCUUAAGUCAUUGCAGCGAUGGCUCGGACGAAAGAAAUUGCCCCGGUUUAACCAAGAAUGACGGAGAUGAAAGAUUCCAAAAAUUCUGCGAGCCCAACGAAUAUCGUUGUAACAAUGGCCGCUGCGUGCAAAAGAUAUGGCGAUGCGAUGGAGACGAUGAUUGCGGCGAUCAAUCGGAUGAACUCAAUUGUGCGACAAACGCUCCAGGUUCCACAUGCUCCGCUACAGAAUGGCGUUGUAUGUCUCGUGACCAAUGCGUACCGGCAUCUUACCAAUGCGACGGAGAGACAGAUUGCGCCGACAGAUCGGACGAGAUUGGCUGCUCCCCACCUGUUAUAGUAUCCCCUCCCACCCGCUAUGUAACAGCGCGACGUGGAGAGACCGUACAGAUCACAUGCGCUGCCCGUGGAACACCCGUGCCAUUAGUGUCUUGGCGACUUAAUUGGGGUCAUCUGCCCGCCGGUCCACGUGUCUCCUCCACGAGUCACGAUGGGCGCGGUAUAUUGACCAUCCGUGGGGUCAGAAAAAGCGAUCAAGGAGCAUACAGCUGUGAGGCUAUCAAUAAUCGAGAUGCUAUCUUGGCUACUCCCGACGCUAUUCUCACCAUUGUAGGUGAUGAUGAUCUCACGCCUACCACCCAUACGCCACCGUCUUAUUCCCCACCACGAGAGAAAUCCUCUCCUGGUUCAAUAUGCCAGCCUCCUUAUUUCAAUAGCAACGCGAGAACUCCCUCAGAUUGUGUGUCCUGUUUCUGUUCCGGCAGGACUACCCAGUGCUUUAGCAGCGACCAACUAUAUUUAUCGCAAAUCGCCUUACGUAAUACGAUAAACCUAGCAGAAAUAGACGGUACACCUAUACCCACUAAUUUCAUUCGCCCUUUACCCGACGGAGUUUCGAUCCAAAAUUUAGCAUUACUAUCCAACAAUAGGAAUUACAAUCAAAAGCCUUGUUUUAUCUUUCUUACUAGUGAAUUCUUGGGCAAUAGACUGAGGAGCUAUAGUACGCCCUUGACCUUUGAAUUGUUUUACACAACACAGGAUGGCAGGCUUACUUCCGGAUCAAGAAAAUUGAAUCAUCCGAUCCUUAUACUCGAGGGUGAUAACAAAAUAUUAUAUCAUUACUUGCCUUAUCUCCCGCAACCCAACGCGUUUCAAAGAAUCAAAAUCAAUCUGGUCGAAAAUUCUUUCACUCCCUCAUCCAAUCCAAACUAUCCCGAACCUGUUUCCAGGCAAACUUUAAUGUCAGUCUUGCAGAAUGUUAAAUCAAUUAAGUUACUAGCUUUGUAUGACCCAAGUCAAACCCUAGUCCGCUUAACCAAAAUUAAUAUGGGAGAUGCUGGGACCUAUAACCACGGUAAAGGCAAAGCUGUUUUGGUGGAAGAGUGCAGAUGCCCACCCGGGUAUUCGGGAUAUUCUUGCGAGAAAUGUAGCGAUGGUUACGAAUUAGACAAACGACCUGGUGAUAGUUUAGGCUCUUGCGUUUCAUGCUCAUGUAAUGGGCAUUCGAAUCAAUGCGAUCCCGUGAAUAAAAGAUGCACGAAUUGUCAACACAAUACUGAAGGGGAUAGAUGCGAUAGAUGCAAGAUAGGAUAUUAUGGUAACGCACUAACGGGAACCAUUAACGAUUGUAAGCCAUGCGCUUGCCCGUUGACUCAUCCAUCCAACAACUUCUCUCCCACUUGCGUUCUCGAUAGCGACAACCAAAUGACUUGCAAUCAGUGUCCGAGAGGGUUUGCUGGCAGAAAAUGCCAAGCCUGCGCUAACGGCUACACCGGAAGCCCCACGAACGUAGGCGACUCAUGCCGACCAAUAGCUCCAAGCACUCCUUCGGUACAAGACAGACCUCCCAUUUCAAGUAUCUGCGAUUUAAGGGGUGCUUUGAGUCCUUAUACCGAUCGGUCCGGUGCUUGCAUGUGCAAAGCUCUUACUUCUGGUCCAACUUGCAACACUUGUAAAGCCAACGCUUUUUAUCUAGCCCAGGAAAAUCCUAAUGGGUGCAUUGGAUGCUUUUGCAUGGGAAUCAGCAAAGACUGCCAAAGUUGUAGGUUUUUCAGGAAGAAGGUAUCAUAUCCUUUGGUAUCCCGGGGCCAGUCUCCGCGAGAACUGGUGACAAAGCACGCUAUCGCUCCGUCAUCAUCGGAACAGCGCAUCGGAAGCCAAGAAGAUGUGGGCAUACCUUUCGUAGUAACCGCUAACGAUCCUCGCGGAACCUUAGCGGAGGUAAAAUUUAACGGCGACACUGGUCGCGUUCCCACUCUCUAUUGGAAACUGCCUUCCCACUAUCUAGGCAACAAGGUAAGUUCCUAUGGUGGUCAUAUUAGGUAUUCGAUACAGGUAAAUGGCUAUGGGCAUCCCAAUACUGCGCCGGAAGUCGAGAUUAUGGGAAAUGGUAUACAUUUAGUGUACGAUUCUGAUCAACGAAGUCCGAUCCCUAUCCAACCAGUCGUAAGGAUCGUACGAUUAUAUGAGAAUAAUUGGAAGAGGAAUGAUGGCAACAGAGCUACCAGGGAACAUUUAAUGAUGGCUUUGGUUAAUUUGCAACGAGUCGUUAUCAAAUUAACUCAUUAUAACUCUACCCUUUAUUCAAGCAUAAAAGAUUUAUCGAUUGAGUUAGCCGACGAAAAUAAGGCCGAUUCUUCAGGUAUGGCUCAUGCUGUCGAAAGAUGCAACUGUCCCCCGGGUUACAAGGGACUCUCUUGCGAGAAAUGCGCGCCAGGAUACACAAGAACAGAAGGAGGCUUUUACCUGGGAUUAUGCAAACCUUGUUCGUGUAAUGGUAGAUCUAACGAAUGCGACACCAAUAAUGGUGUAUGCAAGAAUUGUCGCGAUUCAACUGGCGAUAACUGCGAUAGAUGUAAUCCAGGUUUUUACGGAAGACCGCAAGAUUCGUGUAGACCCUGUUCAUGUCCAGCUAUAGCUGGCAUACCCGGAACAUGCCGUAUAGAUAUGAGAGACAAUCAGGUCACCUGUGAAAGAUGCCCACCGGGGCAUAUAGGAAAGAAAUGCGAAAGAUGUGCACCACCAUAUUCUCCCCACCCAAGUAACCCAGAUUUGUGUUAUUUGCCACCUCAAACCACAACCACCCAAACUACUAUCGUGACAGGGAGAUCACUGUCUAGCAUGUUGAGGAUAAUUGUCAACGAGCCUCGACACUUAAUAUUGGAUGAAGGGGAAACUGCUACUUUUGUGUGUAAUAUCAUUAAAGACUCACAAGAAGGAUUCAAGAUAUCUUGGGCCAAACUAGGUUACUCUAACAAGCCUUUACCCGAUAAGGCGGAAGAUUUGAUAGGGAUUCUCAAGAUUCCUAAUGUCAGGCUCGAGGACUCUGGCUUGUACAUUUGCACGGCAUCCACUAAAUAUCAAAUCUUCGAAGCCCAAGCUCGAUUAGACGUUAAAGCUAAAAGAUACGAACAAUUGAAAGUAUUCGUAAUACCGACGCUGAUCAAUGCCAACGAAGGCGAUGACGCUUCUUUUGAUUGCCAGGUUCAAGGCGGUAACGGAGACGUAGUAAUUAAUUGGUACAAGCACAACGAUAAUUUGCACCCUUCCUAUAAGACAAAUGGUACGAUAAUCGAAUUCAAAAAUGUCAGAUCCUCCGAUUCUGGAUUGUACGUGUGCGAGGUUUCCAGCCCCAAUGGCCGUUACAGAUCGACAUCUAGACUCCUGGUCGAUUUCGCUAAAAGAGACACUUCUUCGUUGUUUCCAUUCACCGAACCCAGAACUAGCCCAUCUUCGAAACCCCCUUCAUCAAUUCCUUUCACUGAAUGGGUUACUUUUACAUCUGCUAGCAUCCCGCAAAUUCUCUCAACUUCCACAACAGUAUCAACAACAAUGGAAAGCUCCUCCCCAUCCACAUCGCAAACGCCUACAUCAACUCAAGCUAUUAUUACGUUAGCCUCGAUUCCUGAUGUAGCGCCUAUGGCAGUUGCUAGACCGCGAGAACUUUCUUUGAGGAUAGGAUCGUCAGCAAUUUUGGCUUGCGCGAUAACUGGGAGACCGGUACCGAAUAUUAGAUGGAUCAGGACCGAUGGGAAACCUAUUAGUGCUAGUCACAAGAUAUACGGAAACCAACUUAGAAUUAUAUCUGCAGUGGUCGAGGAUUCUGGCACAUAUGUAUGUAAGGUUUCGAAUUAUGUUGGCUCGACCCAGGCCGAGAUCACGUUACAUGUUAAAGCCUUAAGUACUCCAGGGUUGACGGUGUACCCGAGUAAUUCUCAAAGCGUUAAAGUUGGCGGCCAAGUUCAGUUCGAAUGCAGAUUGAACGCGGGGGAAAGCGGUUCGGCUCUCGUAUGGAAGAGAUUGGGAAACAAAGAAAUACACAGACAAACCACCCAAGUAUUUGAUGGCAUCUUACGUUUCACGAAUGUUGUGGGCAAAGAGAAAGGGGAGUAUGAAUGUUCAUCUUCCAAUUCGGCUGGAGUCACUUCGCGCACCGUAUCUUUGAACAUUGAAGGCGUGCCAACCUUGACUAUCACGCCAAGCAGCCCUGUCCGCGCUAUUGAAGGUGGUUCUCUUAAUUUGGAGUGCACGGCAGAGGGCGAACCUCUUCCUAAGGUUUACUGGUCACUUCCAAAACGGAUCGUCGGUACAGAAGGAUCUCCCACACUACCUUCUGAUGAGGACGAUGAGGAAUUGAGGGCAGAGAACCGUGAGGUGCGUCGUGGGGACAUACCUUCUGCUUCUGCUAUUUUUGAGAUAACCGAUUUACGACCAAGCGACUCGGGCCGCUACGUUUGUACCGCCAAGAACGCCCUGGGCGUCGUUCAAGAAACCCUCGAUUUGAUAGUUAAUUCUUUGGAUGGCAAUCAUGAUAUUUUGAACGUUGUGCGAAUCCUUCCCAAGUUCUUAAAUUACAAAAGCGGUGAUAGCACUCAAUUGAAUUGCAUGCUCUCAGGUCAAACUCAAUACAAGGUUGAAUGGAAGAGGCCCAAAGGAUACUUUUUACCCAGAAAUUAUUAUACAGUCGAUGAUGGGCGUGGUUUAGUCAUUCCAAAACUUUCCACAAGGGAUGCCGGUGAUUACAUUUGCGAGGCAUCUUUAGACAAUGUUUACUUCUCUUCCACCGCUACCAUUAAUGUUCAAAGAAGGAUCGAAUUAACGGUAUCACCCGCUACGCAAACUAUCGAAGAAGGUCAUUCAUUUACCAUAGCCUGCUCGGCGCGUUUCUUAGAUGAUAUAGACGAUAGCAGUAGCAACACGCACGAUAACUUCGUAAAAUUGACGUGGUCCAAGGUUUCUAUGGGUGAGGCCUCCUCGUCCCCGGACUGGUCCCAAUUUCUGCGAAGCGGGGUGUCCGAUUACAGUGGUCUGCUAGAAGUUACCGAGGCAUCCAUUGCCGAUGGCGGGCGUUAUGUGUGCACCGGUCACGACUCGUAUGGAAACGCUUUCGAUGGUAACGCCAUCAGUGCCGACGUUCGCGUCGAGCCCGUAGAAACUCGUUCCUUCUCUUCUGGUGAUUCUAUAAAUGCUAUAAGAACGGGUAUAGAGACUAGAGAUAGGUUAUUGAUAGAAAACAAUGCUGUGUCCUCUACUAGUAGUUCGAGCAAUUCUGCCGGGGAAAGAGUUGCCUCUCGUGAGCGACUUGAAUCUAUGAGAUUACUUCGUGAACAUCGUCAACCUAUGAGUGCGAUCUUAUCAACUCCUCGAAGAAUAGAGUUAAUGCAAGAAUCCCAGGUUAAGAAUAAUCGUAUAUAUUUGCCACACAAAAUCGAUCAAAUCUCCAUGAGGGAGAUGAACUGGCAGGAAAGCAGUUCUUCUGGUAUAUAUAGAAGCAACUCGGAUGAUGCGCGCCAUUCUCACAACGCCGUUUAUGAGGACCGACUAAAUCCCAGGCCGUCUUCCUCCUAUACGUAUCAACUGGCCAAUGUGCCCUCGUCCGUCGUUUCCAGUUUCAGUAACGCAUCCCAUAUUUCCUUACCAAGGUUCCAAGAGGGCGGAUCCAGUGCCCGGCCACGUGAUCCUCUUUCCACACGCAGUGGUAAUCACAGACUUAUAGUGAUGAUCCCACAACGACCCGGCGAUCGAUUUCAUUCUAUGCGGAAAGGUGAUCAACCACGUAUUAAACGACACGUUAGGGACCACCGAUGCAGCGAGCUAAAAACUAAAAAAGAUUCAGAUUAAAUCUUUCUUAAUAAAUGUUUGAAAAAAAUUGUAAAUCGUUGAAACAAUAUUUUUUUUUGAAAAUAAAACAAUUCAUUUUAUGGCAGCUGACACUUUUGUUUAUAUAUAAUUUUUACGUGCUUUUAGACAAUUUUUUUUAACCAAUAUUUUACAAAAUUAAUUUACAAUCAGACUUAUAAGGGUUCAGAUAUAAAUAAAUUUUAGCGCAGACCAAUAUGUUUUUUAGAAAGUUUUGUAUAUUUAAAUCUUAUAUCAAUUUUAUUUCUUCCUAUUCAGAUUGUUAGUCACAUUUUAGUUUGAAUAAUUUUUUUGUUAUUAAAACAAAGUGAUAAUAAAUUUAUCAUGAAUAAAGUUUAAAAUAUAUAUUUGCCAAAAUGAAAAUGACAAAAAAACAGCUGUUGAGUUACAUUUAUUUCUAAACAUUUUGUGGAACAAUUAAAUAUUAUUUCUAAAAAGAUAUUUUUAAUUAAUUUUAUUGAUAUGCAAUAACAAUUUUUUUUUCUUUAUUUUCUUAUUCUUUCUCGAGAUUUAUUUCUCGUAUACUACUUACAAAACAUUACUUUACAAAAUGGUGAUUCAUAUUACUAUUUUUUAUUAAUAAUAAUGCACCGAUUAUUUUUAUUAUUAUCUUUUUACCUUAAAAUGUUUUGUACCACAUUUUCUGAUUCGACUGUUAACUAAUUAACUAAAAAAAUUGUUUAUAUGAUUUUUUUUUCCAUUGAUAAAAUUGAAAUAAUAUCAAAAUUUACACCCCAUCAUUACCUGUUA